AUGGUUUCAUCCGGCGAAUUCAGAAGGAAAUUCCGCCAACGUGUGUCGGUUCAUGUUGGAGUACGGACCAAGAAGGAACCUUGCGACGUUGAUUCCUUCACAAAGUACAUCCAGUACGCUGCAAGGAAAACACUUCCGCAUCAAAUGCUGCAGAAGAGCUUUGCGUUUGCAUCUGCAAAGACAAGAUCCGCGCACUACCCUGUAAGUGUGGCCCGCAGCGCUUGUGAUUUCAAGGAAGAAGAUCGUCUGAGAAAGAACUUGCGUCGUCAACUGCAACAAGACCACGAUAACGAGUGGACGUAA